CUGGUGCACAGUCUCUGACAAGUCCACUGGGCCUGACCUUAAGGUCCGGGCCCAGAUCUGUCAAAGUCAACGCAUAGCUAUAAAUAUAUUAAACUAAAUCCAGCCCAAUUAUACGAAGAACGAACACAGAGACUGCUUCAAUGUCCGCUGCCCCUGAGCUCAAUCCAAGGCUGAGCUAAGACUGCGUACGACUUCAGAGCCAUAUGAAAAUGGCGGUUCGCAGAGACGGCUCAUUGAUGAGAGACAAGUCGUCGGCUCAGUCGUGUCGCGGAUCUCGAAUUCUUAUAGCUAUUGUCGCCGGGAUCCUUCUCGGCUGCGUCUUCGCCUUCUUCUAUCCUCACGGAUUCUUCAACUCCGAUGAUCGGAUCAUCCAGAACCGGCGAGUCGGAAAAUCGGAUAUCCAGGGUAGCUCUUCUCAAUGUGAGACAUCAGAACGUAUUAAUAUGCUCAAGGCUGAUAUUGGAGCACUGUCAGACAAGAAUGCUGAGUUGAAGAAGCAGAUACAAGAUCUUACUGAAAAGCUACGACAGGCUGAACAGGGAAAGGAUCAUGCACACGAGCAGUUUUCGGUGUUGGGGAAACCGCACAAGGCUGGACCUUUUGGUACUGUCAAGGGGUUGAGGACUAACCCGACUGUUACUCCUGAUGAAUCCGUGAAUCCGAGGUUGGCGAAGAUCUUGGAGGAUGUGGCAGUUGGUAAAGAACUCAUAGUUGUACUUGCAAAUUCCAAUGUGAAGUCCAUGUUGGAGGUCCAGAUUGGUAGCAUCAAGAGGGCCGGCAUAACCAAUUAUCUAGUUGUUGCAUUAGACAAUCAGAUUGAAGAGUUUUGCAAAGAAAAUGAUGUUCAUGUAUACAAGAGAGAUCCAGACGAAGGUAUUGAUUCAAUUGCAAAGUCAGGAGGUAACCAUGCUGUCUCUGGGUUGAAGUUCCGUAUCUUGAGGGAGUUUUUGCAACUAGGUUACGGCGUACUUCUCUCCGACGUUGAUAUAGUGUACUUGCAGAACCCAUUUAAUCAUCUCUAUCGAGAUUCUGAUGUAGAGUCAAUGACUGAUGGUCACAACAACAUGACAGCUUAUGGAUACAAUGAUGUUUUUGAUGAACCUGCUAUGGGUUGGGCUCGUUAUGCUCAUACAAUGAGGAUAUGGGUUUAUAACUCUGGCUUCUUCUACAUAAGACCUACACUUCCUUCAAUUGAGCUUUUGGAUCGUGUGGCUGGACGGCUUUCUAGGGAGAAAGCAUGGGACCAAGCUGUUUUUAACGAAGAGCUGUAUUUUCCUUCACAUCCGGGAUAUGAUGGGCUUCAUGCUGCCAAGAGAACGAUGGAUUUCUAUAUGUUUAUGAACAGCAAGGUUCUCUUCAAGACGGUCAGGAAAGAUGCUAAUUUGAAGAAGUUAAAACCAGUGAUCCUUCACGUAAAUUACCACCCAGACAAACUUCCGAGAAUGAAAGCAAUUGUGGAGUUCUAUAUUAAUGGCAAGCAAGAUGCGUUGGAACCUUUCCCUGAUGGUUCUAAUUGGUAGUCAUAGCUGAAAGGAAAUCUGCUCUAAACAGCAAUGCACUGCUGUCUAAUUCAAUUGACACAGGUAGGUUAAAUCGACUAUCUUUCAGAGGCCAAGUCAAAGCAUCUCCUUUCCCUUCCCGUGAGUUUCCUUUCAAGUUCUGGUUUUGUAUUGAUAGCAUUAGGAACUUUGUGAGUUUCAGCUGAGUAUGUCUUGAGAUGACCUUUUGUUCUGUAUCAUAUAUUUAUAUAUACACCCAGAAAUCUGAUUCAAGGAUCCUCGUCUUCCUGUCAUUGACAUCUUUAAGUCAUGCCGACUCCUUCCUUUUCUUGCAUAUGUACUUGUGUUUCUUCUGAAAUCAAUCUACUCAUAUCACUGUUAAGCUGGAA